AUGAAUUGGCUGGUGCUGGUGACUGUGGCGGCGGUGGCGGCGGCGGUGGAGGCAGCCGGGCCGCGCCGCUGCGCCGGCCGCCUGGCGAGGGAGCGGCUCAAGGCGGCCGAGAAGAUCCGCGACAAGAGGUUCUACCUCUUCUGCUGCACGGCCAGCUGUGCGACGCAGCCGCUGCGCAGGCCUCGGCCCCCGCCGACCACCAGGCGCUACCAGCCGUACCACAAAACGUGGUUCGGUCUCAAAUACGGCUAUCUAGAGGCGCUGGGGUCGACGACCUCUCGCGUCUCUCGAGCUGCCAAAAGCGCCAUUCAUGAUUCUGAUAAACCCUCGCUUCCUUCCCAUUCGGGUUAUUGGAGCGGAUUUGCAGAUAAAGCGUUGACGCCCGUUCGGCUAGGCGCGAUUGCGUUCCUAGAAACGAUGUUCCGCGCGGCGGGGUACGGACGGUCUGUCUCAUUUCAUAUCGUCCCGCACGCGGACGACGUCAAAUGC